AUGGCGCCAAUCUCAGAGAAGGAGAUCGAAACCACGCAGAAAACGCGUGAACCUGAGGCGUCGUCGUCGUCUCAGGACGACGCAAUUGAGAAGGUCGCGGCUGACCUCGAGAAGUCUCAGCUUCCUCGUGACCAUCUAGCUGGCACUACCAUGGACCAAUUGGAGAACAAGCCUACCGACGAGAAGAUCGAGUUGACUGAAGAUGACUGCUAUAACCAGCUCGGUUAUGCCUUCCCUAGCUGGAAGAAGUGGAUGAUCAUUACCGUCAUCUUCCUUGUUCAGGUUUCCAUGAACUUCAACACCAGUCUUUACUCUAAUGCUCUUGGUGGCAUCUCGGAGGAGUUCGGUGUGAGUUUGCAGGCUGCCCGUUGUGGUGCAAUGAUCUUCCUAGUCCUGUAUGCAUUUGGUUGCGAGUUGUGGGCACCAUGGAGUGAGGAGCUUGGCCGCAAACCUAUCCUGCAGGCGAGUCUGUUUCUUGUCAAUAUCUGGCAGCUUCCUGUGGCAAUUGCACCCAACUUCGCCUCGAUCAUGGUAGGCCGUGCCCUAGGUGGUCUUAGCUCAGCUGGUGGUUCAGUUACUCUUGGUAUGAUUGCAGACCUUUGGGAAUCAGAUGACCAGCAGUAUGCUGUUGCAUGUGUUGUUUUCUCUUCUGUUGGCGGCUCGGUUAUCGGCCCUGUUGUCGGAGGGUUUGUUGAAGAAUUCUUGCCCUGGCGGUGGAAUAUCUGGAUCCAGCUUAUCUUCGGAGGCUUUGUCCAGAUUGCACACUUCCUCCUGGUCCCGGAGACCCGAACUACGAUUCUUAUGGACCGCAUUGCGAAGAAGAUGAGGGAGAGUGGUGAAAAUCCCAAUAUCUACGGCCCCAACGAACUCGUCCCUUACCGCGAGCGCUUUUCAAUGCGGGAAAUCCUUAUAACCUGGAUCCGCCCCUUCAAGAUGUUCUUGACUGAGCCGAUUGUCUUGACCCUUUCGCUCUUGAGUGGUUUCAGUGACGCCCUGAUUUUCAUGUUCAUCCAGUCCUUUGGCUUGGUUUAUGAACAAUGGGGUUUUGGCAAGAUCGCCCUUGGAUUGUCGUUCCUCCCGAUCCUUGUUGGCUAUUUUAUCGCGUGGUUCUCAUUUGUCCCCGCCAUCAAGAGGAACGCCAAGGAGAGACGUGAAAACCCUGAGGACGAACAUACCCAGUAUGAAUCCCGUCUCUGGUGGUUGCUCUAUACCGCUCCUUGUCUACCGAUUGGUUUGAUUGGGUUCGCUUGGACUAGCAUGGGCCCCCCUGUUCACUGGAUAGGUACUAUGGUUUUCUCUGCCAUUGUCGGUAUCGCCAAUUACAGCAUCUACAUGGCAACCAUCGAUUAUAUGAUCUGUGCAUAUGGACCAUACUCAGCUUCAGCCACAGGAGGAAACGGUUGGGCGAGAGAUUUCCUUGCUGGUGUUCUUACAAUUCCUGCAACACCUUUCUUCCAAAAUAUCGGCGGCAAACAUCACCUGGAAUAUGCGUCUACCAUCCUGUUCUGCAUCUCGUUCCUCUUGGUCAUUGCGGUCUACGUCAUUUAUUGGUACGGCCCGACACUCCGCAAGCGGUCGCCCUUUGCCCAACAGUUGUCCGACGCAAAGGCUGAACUGCAGACGCACGGUGGCCCUGGCCGGCUGUCUCGUGUCCCAACGUCUUCGAGAGCGAAUUCUUUUGCACGAUCGCAACAAAACCUGCGCAUUCGCCAAACCAUGGGAAGCCGACAGAACAGUUUUGCGGCGUCUCGUCCCACAUCACGCAAUGCAUCUGCGAGACAGAGCUUUUCUGCGGAAGUAUGA